AUGCUCAUGGCUGCUUUGAUGGGAGGUCUUCAUGAGGUGGUGGUCUGGAACCUUGUGGGUGAAGGAUCUAAAAAAGCUCAUUUCAAUCCGUGGAUUCGAUUCCUAGCUUUUGGUGUUGAGGCUUUAAAGGAACCAUUACCCGAGAAAGCAGACUCAACUGGAUGGGCCUCUCGUAAUCGCAAGGUUGCAGAUCUCUGGAAAGCCCUCAGCGAUGACGAAAAAGACGUAUUUCAAAAUCCGUAUUUCUUUGCUUUAGCCAACCUACCCGAUCUAUCAAAUCUACCUGCUGAAAAUGACAAUUCCAAUAUUGAAGACAACGAUAAUCCCACCUUUACUCAUAUAGAUGGCUCAACAGUUGCACCUCAGGUCCAUCCACUCACCGAGGCUGAGAAAUCAAAGUAUGAGCCUAUUUUCAAGAGGCUCGUGGAUGUGGAGAAGCUUCACAUCUGUCACGGAAAGCCUGAACCGACGCAAUCAAUCGCUACACUUCAAAAGAACUCAUUAGCGGCCUUGAAAAAAGCUCAUCAUGAUCGUUACCAGAUCACCUACUAUGCUACAGCUGUCAGCUGCGGUGACAUUGAAGGUUGGAUUCAAACUUAUUCAAAUAACACGCUGUUUGCGAAAUGGGCCACGGACGACAUGAAGAUACCCGGAAGUCUUUCUUCAUACGUCAAUGGAAAAAAAGCCGCUGAAGUAAUCGAAGGCAGCAAGGUACAGCAACCGAGUGAUGAACGUAGAACUAGACUGGGCAGGAUUUUGAAUGAAUUAGUUGCCUGCUAA